AUAUAAGAUGGUCUUUGCAUUUUGCAUACGUGAAGCCGCAGAUUAAGAUUUCUUUUCGUAUCGCAAAGUAGAUUUAAUGAAAAACAUGUGGCUUUCUUAAGAGCUCUCACAAAUGAGCCUUGGCGAUUUUAUUACUAAUCUAUAUUAUCCCUUUAAUCCCUUGAACAUUGAAACUAAUAUAAGAAAAAGAAGCAACAAUGACUUUUAGACUAGUCACAAACCUAUUUAUUCAAUAUUCCAAGAGUUCUUUUGCGCAAAUAAAUUCACGAUAUUGUAGUACAUUGUUCGAUGUCGAUCCGAAAAUUCAAAAUGCAAUUAAUACAAGAAAACCAAUAGUAGCUUUGGAGUCCACGAUCAUUACUCACGGAAUGCCAUUCCCUCACAACGUUAAUACAGCUCUUGAAGUGGAAAAUUUAGUAACUUCAACAGGUGCUGUGCCAGCUACUAUAGCUAUAGUUGAUGGCCGUGUUAAAGUGGGAUUAAGUGAAAACGAUUUAAUUAAAUUAGCUAAAGCGAGUGAUACGAUUGUAAAGUGUUCACGACGCGACAUGGCAUAUGCUGUGGCCAAAAAACAAACUGGUGGUACGACGGUUGCAGCGACAAUAAGAGCUGCUUGCAUGAUAGGCAUAAAGAUAUUUGCUACAGGUGGUAUUGGUGGAGUACAUCGUAACGGUCAUAUAACCAUGGAUGUAUCAGCUGAUCUCGUGGAAUUGGGUAGAACGCCUAUAGCCGUCAUAAGUAGUGGCAUCAAAUCCAUAUUGGAUAUACCACGUACUCUUGAAUACCUUGAAACUCAAGGGGUUUGUGUGACCACUUAUGGUAAUGCGGAACAGCAUUUUCCAGAUUUUUAUACUCGAGACAGUGGUAUUAAGGUGCCUUACAAUCUUAGCGAUCCUCAAGAAGCGGCGUUUUUAAUAAACGCCUUAAAUAAAUUGCAAAUUAAUUCGGGAAUUUUAAUUGGUGUCCCAAUACCUAAGGAGUACGCAGCUGAUAAAGAUCAAUUAACAGCAGCAAUUGAACAAGCGUAUACAGAGGCCGAACUUAAAGGGGUGACAGGUAAAGACGUGACGCCAUUUAUUUUGGGUGCUGUUGCCAGAAUUACCGAAGGCAAUAGCUUGCAGGCCAAUAUAGCAUUGAUUAAAAAUAAUGCAAUAGUUGCGGCACAAAUAGCAUGUGAAUUGAGCCAAAUUGAGCAAAGGCGAUUGCUUGAAUCAAUGGCAAAGCAAAAUUCAACGGGAAAUAGACAAUUGAAACCUCUCGUAAUUGGUGGAUCAAUGCUAGACCUUUCCCAGAAUUUAAUAGAAGAUAAGCCUUUGGCUCUCGAUGGUGCAACUUAUCAUACUCGUGUAACGCUGACAGGAGGCGGUGUGGGUCGCAAUCUAGCAGAAGCAAUUUAUAAACUACACGGCCAAGCAAAUUUGAUAUCGGCAGUUGGCAACGAUCAGAUGGGUGAAAGCCUAUUGCAAUUGAUACCGAAACAAUUACAUAAGUGCAUAUUAAUAAGUCAAGUUGAGUCUACAGCUAUUUGUGCCAUACUUUUCGAUAAGGUAGGCGAUUGUAAACUAUGUAUGGCCAAUAUGCAAAUACAUGAACAGAUAACACCGCUUAUAAUCACGAAGCAUGAGAACGAAUUUAAAACAGCGCCUUUAGUAAUAAUGGACGGAAAUUUAAGCAAAGAAGCUAUGGAGAGUAUUUUGCAAUUGACCUUGAAAUAUAGUAAGCCGGUAUUUUUUGAACCGACAGACAAGUGGAAGGCCGCAAAGCCAUUUCAAUUAGGUUUGCAUUUAGCAAAACAAAUACGAUUUAUAUCGCCUAACAUUCUUGAGCUAGAAACCAUUGCUGAAGCAUUGUGCCUUAAAAAUAUAAUUGGACAUAACGAUAAGAACGUAAACUUAUUGUCGUAUUGCAAGAAUUUAGUGGAAAGUAUAAACAGCCAUUUUGAUUGCAUCGCUGUAACCUUAGGUGGUCGUGGGGUCCUUGUGAGUAUACGCGCUGAUAAUUUUUCGAUUCCGCUAUUUAAUGCUGAAAACUGUGCAUAUUUUGUUCCUAAAACGGACAAGCAUUCCAUUCGAUUUUAUGAAGCCCCUUUAGUAAAAGAUAUCGUUAACGUUUCUGGGGCUGGAGAUAGUUGGUCAAGUGGCUUUAUUACUGGUCUUUUACGGGGUUUUAGUGUACAACGGAGCGUUGCUCUUGGUUUUCUGGCAGCUACUAAAGCACUGCAAUAUGAUUCAGCUGUUCCUCAUAAAUACUUUGAGUGCCCCGCCGAAGAACAAAAGUUAUUACAGGAAACUUUUGAUACGUUACAUUACCAAGAUAUGUGAAAAACAAGCUAAUAGGCCCAC